AUGCCAUUCAUGAAAAUGGGUACAUCAACUUUGGGACAUACUUUCCGAAAUUUCGACCAGACAAUCCUUACUGUCAAAGUCGGGGGUGGCGAGUUUACCGAAUCAUUUAGCUGCCACAAGGAGUUAUUACGGCGAUGUUCGGGAUAUUUCGAUCGCCAUUUCCAACAACAGGGUUCGUCUCCGUACAAAACCACCGAGGCUGGCCUCGAAUUGGAGGACACUUCCCCAGAUGUUUUUGAUGCAUUUAUGCUAUGGUUAUAUACAGGCUAUAUACCACAUCAUCUCAUUGAAGGUGGAAAAGAGGUGUAUCCGCCGUCCCACUCAGUCAACCUGAGCAGCGCAAAUGGGUCGUCGGCAUCUGAUAACAAAGAGGAGGCUGAAGAUGUAGACACGGCCUCGUGGGGUAUCAGUCUGGAUAAUGACGAAACUCCUGCCGAUGGCCAGAAUGGUACUGGUACACCAUCUGUGCCGGAUUCCACUGCAGAGAAGGUUCCUGGAGAAGGCGACGGCGAAAAACCAGUAUCUUCCCCACCACUCCGGUCUACGACUGAAAAACCCGACCUGCCCAAAGAAACAGUUUGUCCUUGUUGUGCACGUCCCUACAAGUGGAGAAGUCUAGAAGGCUUCUUGGAGAGGCGAUUCAUUGCCUUGUAUACAUUUGGCCAUCGAUACGAGAUCCCAAAGCUACGAAGAGCAGUAAUGCUUGCCUGGCAGAACAAUGAUGAGAUUUUGCAGACCAUGCCGGACCACAGCAACGUCAUCUCUGCUUAUGAAGGAUUGCCUCCAAGUUCACCUCUGUGUCGGUACUUUCUGGAUAUGUAUAGUGUUUACUGGAAUCCAGAUAAGGACGACGAAAGGAUGGUUGCACUACGUUCUCAGCUUCCGCAAGCCUUUUUAUUUGAGCUCGCAACCAUUCUGGCCAAAGGCGAACGACCCAAGAUUGAGAAGGAUUGGUGCGAAUUUCAUGAACACGAGGACGAAGUCGACAGGAAAGCUUGCCAGGAGGAAAUGAUGAAGGAUUCAGUGUCUUCCCGGGCAAUAAAAAGGCAUAAAGAUAGCAAGAGCUGGAAGGGGCUAGUCCUCAAGAAAGGGAAACGGUGA